AUGGUGCUGGAAUCGGUGGUGGCCGACCUGCUGAACCGCUUCCUGGGCGACUACGUGGAGAACCUGAACAAGUCCCAGCUGAAGCUGGGCAUCUGGGGCGGAAAUGUGGCGCUAGAUAACUUACAGAUUAAAGAGAACGCACUGAGUGAACUGGAUGUACCUUUCAAAGUAAAGGCUGGACAAAUAGACAAGCUUACCUUGAAGAUUCCUUGGAAGAAUCUAUAUGGAGAAGCAGUAGUUGCAACUCUAGAAGGCCUGUAUCUUCUGGUUGUCCCUGGGGCAAGCAUUAAAUACGAUGCAGAAAAAGAAGAAAAGUAUCUGCAGGCUAGCAAGCAAAAGGAGCUGUCAAGGAUUGAAGAAGCCCUACAGAAAGCAGCAGAGAAAGGCGCUCAUUCAGAUUUCAUAUAUGGACUGGAGAGCAUUGUGUAUGAGGAUGUCAAGCCCGGACGUAAGUCUAAAAAGUCUAAAAAGCAUUUUAAGAAACGGUUUAAAGGUCGCGAUCGCUCAAAAGAGAAACCAAAGGAAGAGAAGAAAGACACCUUUCUGGAAAAGCUUGCAACACAAGUCAUCAAAAAUGUACAAGUCCAAAUCACAGGAAUCCAUAUCAAGUACGAGGAUGACAUCACAGAUCCCAGCCGGCCCCUUUCUUUCGGAAUGACCCUGGGCGAGCUGAGCUUACUGACUGCUAAUGAAAAUUGGACUCCUUGCAUUCUCAACGAGGCUGCAAAAAUCAUAUAUAAGCUGUUGCGGCUUGACUCCCUCAGUUUCUACUGGAAUGUGGACACUGAAAUGUAUUAUCGUUCUUCCCGGGAACAAAUACUGGAGCAACUGAAAAAAGGAGUCCCUUCCGUCGGCCGAAAACCUCCAAAGUAUCAAUACAUAUUUAAGCCAGUGUCGGCUUCUGCAAAGCUGUACAUCAAUCCUUACGCGGAAACAGAACUGAUAACGCCAAAGGCUGAUUGGAGCAUGGAAGUGCAGAGCAUCGCUGUGGAGCUCACCAAGCCUCAGUACCUUAGUAUGAUUGACUUCCUGGAGUCCAUAGACUAUAUGGUACGAAACGCCCCCUAUCGAAAGUACAGACCUGACUCACCGCUGCCUAAGAAUGCUAGAAAAUGGUGGAAAUAUGCAAUAAAUAGUAUUCUUGAGGUUCACAUCAGGAGAUACUCCCACAUGUGGUCGUGGAGUAACAUAAGACACCACAGGCAACUUCUGAAAAGUUACAAAAACGUUUAUAAAAACAAACUGACACAGGCGAAAGUAUCCGAAGAAACACAGAAACAAAUGCAGGAUUUAGAAAAAACUCUAGAUGUCUUCAAUAUCACUUUAGCGCGUCAGCAAGCACAAGUUGAGAUUAUAAGGUCAGGGCAAAAGUUGUUGAGGAAGAAGUCCACUGACGGAGAGAAAAAAGGAGGCGGCUGGUUUAGCGGACUGUGGGGUAAGAAAGAGCCUAAGAAGAAAGAAGACGAAGAAGAGCUGUUAGCACCUGAAACUAUCGACGACCUCAUGACACUAGAAGAAAAGACAAAGCUUUUCACUGCCAUUGGUUAUAGUGAGAGUUCUCAUAACCUUGCAUUGCCCAAACAGUAUGUUGCCCACGUGGUGUCCCUGAAGCUGUUAAGCACUUCCUUUACGAUUAAAGAAGACAAAAAUGUUCCGGACACUCUUAAAAUCCAGAUUAUCGAUUUGAGCACUAAAAUAUCACAGAGACCGGGAGCACAAGCCCUUAAGGUAGAAGCAAAGCUUGAGCACUGGUACGUGACGGGCCUUAGACAGCAGGGGGUCGUACCUUCCCUUGUGGCUUCGAUUGGGGACGCCAGAUCAUCUCUGCUUAAAAUAGACUUCGAAACGAAUCCAGAAGACUGCGCGGCUGACCAGAGUAUCAUGGUAGAGUCGCAGCCUGUGGAAAUUAUAUAUGACGCAAAAACCAUCAAUUCGAUGGUCGAAUUCUUCCAGACAAGCAGAGGCAUGGAUCUCGAACGCCUAACCACAGCCACGCUGUCGAAACUGGAGGAAAUUAAAGAAAGGACUGCUACAGGGCUUACACAUAUUAUUGAAACUCGGAAAGUUCUUGACCUGAGGAUUAAUCUUAAACCUUCUUAUCUUGUGGUUCCGAAGACCGGCUUCCACCAUGAAAAGUCAGACUUUCUUAUUCUGGACUUCGGUACUUUUCAGCUGAACAGUGUCAGUCAAGUCGCCUGCCCAACUUCAGGCACAUCUCUGGAAGAGAUCAUGGAUAAAGCGUACGACAAGUUUGACAUAGAGAUCAAGAACGUUCAGCUGCUGUUCGGCAGAUCAGGAGAAGAUUGGAAGAAGGCUCGGUUCGAGCAUCCAUCGACUUUGCAUGUGCUGCAGCCCCUGGACCUGCAUGUACGGCUUGCCAAAUCGAUGGUGGAGAAGGAUAUCAGGAUGGCAAAGUUCAAAGUAUCGGGAGAGCUUCCUUUGGUUCACCUGAGAAUUUCUGACCAGAAGAUCAAGGGAGUGAUUGAACUCAUCGAUAGCAUCCCUCUUCCACAGAAGCCGGUUGUUUCACCUUCAAGCACAAAAGCACCUGCCAUUCCAGCUAUUACUGAUAAAAUAGAUGGAUUUAUUGGCACGUCGUUGUUGUUGGAAGGAGUAGAAUCAGAAUCUGACGAAGAGUACUUUGAUGCCAUCGAGGGCUCCAAAUCACCGGAAAAGAGUCCCGCCAAGCAAAGAAAGCUGCAGACCGAAGCCAAGACUGUUCAGGAAGAGCUCACAGACCUUCAGCUGAAGUUCGAAAUCAGGGAGGUGAUUUUGGAACUUACCAAGCAACUACAGAGAGAGGAAACCAUCGUUAUGUUUAACGUAAAGCAGCUUGGGACAGAAGCGACUGUCAGAACCUACGACUUGAGCGCCGUGUCCUAUUUGAGGAAAAUCAGCCUGGAUUAUCACGAAAUUCAAGGUAGUAAAAAACAGCAGCUCCAUCUGAUUAGCUCUUCGGAUAAACCUGGAUUAGAUCUCUUGAAAGUGGAAUAUAUCAAAGCCAAUAAAAACGGCCCAAAAUUUCACACAGAUUUUGACAACACUGAGCAAACAGUUCAGGUGGCUUUCUCCUCAUUAAACCUCCUGCUGCACACGCAGGCCCUUCUCUCCACUCUCAACUUUCUCACAGCCGCUAUUCCCUCGAGGGGCUCCGGUGCCGCCUAUGUGGGGCCGCUGCCAGCCCCGGAAGAGAAACAGCACACCGAUGCCUGCUCAAAGAAAGUGACAAAAACUGGCAAAGACAAGGACGUGUUUGACUUCAAGCUGUUUGCCAAGUUGGACGCCUUCUGUGUGAACGUCUGCGACGAGAAGAGCAAUAUUGCUGAGAUAAAAAUCCAAGGCCUCGACUCGUCUCUGUUUCUUCAGUCCAGCCAAACCACCCUGUUUGCACGGCUGAAAGAUAUAAUUGUCACAGAUGUAGAUUCAAGGACAAUCCAUAAAAAGGCUGUUUCCAUAGUUGGUGACGAAGUCUUCAGCUUCAACUUGGCCCUGUACCCGAAUGCUACGGAGGGAGACGCUUACGCAGACAUGUCCAAGGUGGACGGGACAGUCUCUCUUAAAGUGGGCUGCAUUCAGAUUGUAUAUCUGCAUAAAUUCCUGAUGGCGCUUCUGAACUUCCUGAACAACUUCCAGAUGGCCAAAGAGGCGCUGAGCGCGGCUACCGUCCAAGCGGCAGAAAAAGCUGCCACGAGCGUGCGGGACUUGGCCCAGAGGAGUUUCCGCCUGUCCAUGGACAUCCACCUGAAGGCCCCCGUCAUCCUCAUCCCGCAGUCUUCAGUGUCUUACAACGCCGUUGUCAUUGACCUGGGUUUGAUCAGGGUCCAGAACAAGUUCAGCUUGGUGUCGGCUGAGGGCUGCUCGCUCCCACCGGUCAUGGAUCGAAUGAACGUGCAGCUGACAAAGCUGAAGAUGGCCAGGACAUGCUUGCAGCCGGGCUUUUCCCAGCCUGACAUCCAAAUUCUGCAUCCGAUUAACCUGAACCUCUCGGUGAACCGCAACUUGGCUGGAACGUGGUAUCACGACAUACCCAUGAUGGAAAUCAAAGGACAUCUGGAUCAGAUGAAUAUUAUCCUAAGUCAAGAGGAUUUGAAUGUUUUGCUUAAAGUACUGACAGAAAACCUUGCUGAAGCAAACCAAAAUAUAAGAGAGCUGAAACCGAGGACACAAAGUGAAGGCAGCUUAAAAGAAACGCAGGUAUCACUGGGAAUCCACAAAGAGAUCCCACCGGGAAGCAAAUUAUUGGGCGCAUCAAAAGAAGCCUUACAGGAAGAUAUUACCAGCCUGCUGCUCAACUUUGAAAUCAAAGAGGUUGUAGUGCAAUUAAUGAAGCAGGUGGAAAAGAAGAGCUUCCCUUUGCAUACAUUAACAGUGUUGCAGCUGGGAACCGAAGGCAAAAUGAAGACGCACGCCCUGUCUGCCACGGCAUACCUGAAGAAAAUCACCAUGAAGUGCCUUGAGUUUACAGACUCUAAAGGAGACCCACUGAAUAUUAUCAAUUCUUCAGCUGAAGCUGACGAACAUCUUCUAAAAAUGGAAUAUAUAAAGGCCGACGAAGAGGGGCCACACUUUGCAUCACUUUACAGAAGUACAAAGCAAGCGCUAAACGUAUCCUUUUCUUCUUUGGAUCUCCUCCUGCAUACGGAAGCCUUGCUUUCCAUCAUGAAUUUCAUGACAUACAGCGUGGCAUCAAGUGGUCCCACAGCUGCCGAGAAGGGAGCUGAAGCGAAACUGCCAUCAGAGGAGCCCACAGCCACCGUUGCAAAAGCAGCUCCUCCUCCUGCCACCCACGACAACGUCUGCGACUUGAAGCUCACUGCCCACCUGAAUGCCUUCAAGGUUUUGGUCUGUGAUCAGAAGAGUGAUAUCGCUGACAUACGAAUACAAGGUAUGGAGGCAUCUGUUUCCGCCAAGACGAAGGAGACAAACGUUUUUGCCAGGCUUCAGGACAUAGUUGUAACCAACGUUGAUCCAAAGACCGUUCAUAAAAAGACGGUCUCCAUAGUGGGAGGCGAAGUAUUCCGGUUUGCUAUGUCCCUUUAUCCUGACGCUACCGAGGGAGAAGCUUAUAUGGACAUGUCCAAGGUAGACGGUAACAUGUCGCUGAAGGUGGGCUGCAUUCAGAUCGUUUACCUGCAUAACUUCUUCAUGUCGCUACUGAACUUCCUAAACCACUUCCAAGCCGCCAAAGAAGCCCUGAGUACAGCCACGGCCCAAGCAGCAGAAAAGGCCGCGUCCAGCAUGAAGGACUUUGCUCAGAAGAGCUUCCGCCUCUCCAUGGACAUCAACCUGAAGGCGCCGGUGAUUAUCAUCCCUCAGUCUUCUGUCUCUCGCGAUGUCUUGAUAGCAGAUCUUGGCUUAAUCACAGUGAAGAAUGGAUUUAUGCUGGUCUCCGGAGGAGGGUCUCCUCUCCCCCCAGUGAUUGACAAAAUGGAUGUACAGCUAACCCACCUAAAGAUCUCAAGAUCAGUAAUAGCCAGUAGUUCUCAGCCAGACGUUGAAAUGUUGCAGCCUGUAAAUCUGCUGCUGUCGGUCCAGAGAAAUCUCGCGGCUGCUUGGUAUCCAAAAAUUCCAGGGAUUGCAAUCAAAGGAGACUUAAAGAGUAUGCAGAUAGCUCUCAGUCAAGACGACCUAACUCUGCUCAUGAAAAUUUUGCUGGAAAAUCUUGGCGAAGCUGCUGCCCAUUCAAGUGCUGUGCAGGCAACCACGCCCGUGGGCCAGAUGUCAAAAAAAGACAAAGUCGAGGCUGAAGAGGAUAGAAGUCUUAGUGAAUUACAGCCUACAGAAACUGCUGCCCUUACGUUUGAUUUUGACUUUGAAUCACUUUCUGUUGUUCUCUACAAUAUUGACGACAACCAGAAAUCCGUCCUUUCGCUCCACAAUAACGCUUUGCGUCUCGGAGAACUCAGGCUGCACCUGAUGAACUCAACAGGAAAAAUGUUCUCUGACGGCUCGAUGGAUGUUAACAUGACGCUGAAAAAGUGUACACUGGAUGAUCUCCGGGAAGGGAUUCAGAAGGCGACCUCCAGGAUGAUAGAUAAGAAAGAUGACCAAAGCGGUAACGUUAUGAUUGAAAUCAGCUACAAGCAAGAUAAAAGCGGGAGCAGCAUCGUGGCCAUCCUGGACAAGCUGUACCUGUGUGCCAGCGUGGAGUUCCUACUGACCGUAGCAGAAUUCUUCCUCAAGUCAAUGCCGGUGGCCUCCUCGGAAGGGUCUGCCCAGAUCCAGUUAAAGCACACAGCCCCCGGAAAGCCCCAGCCAGAAAAAGGUGGAACUCUGUGGUCCGGCAUGAAGAUACGAGCGUGUAUCACAGACCCAGAAAUCGUGUUCGUUGCCAGCUUGACCAAAGCCGACGCUCCUGCCUUAGCAGCGUCCUUCCAGUGUAGCUUCUUUUUGUCUGCCGGCCCUCAGACUCAAGACAUGUCUGCUGAAGUGAGGGCCCUCAAAGUCCUGGCUUGCCCUUUCCUCCGAAAGACGGGAGAGAAGAAUGUGACAACCGUCCUGCAGCCAUGUUCCCUGAAAGCCACAGUACAUACGUCCAAAACACAGAAAGUGUCUGUGAUGAUAGAUGAAUUUAUCGUCAAGGUUUCACCAAUCAUUCUCAAUACCGUCAUAACCAUCAUGACUGCCAUGAAACCAAAGCCGAAGGAGGAGGAAUCCAGAGGGGCGGCUUGCAGCGCAGCAAACCUUUGGGACACGAGGUCUAUCGACCAAUGCCACUCGUGGUUUCUCGGCGUUGACGUAGCCACUGAAGCGACCGAAUCAUACCGAGGAAGCGAGCAGGUUGUGAAAGCAGAGAACUUUGACUUUCAGGUGAAGUCCGUCCAGGUCACCUUGGAGUGUGGCUUGGGGCAUCGUACCAUUCCACUGCUGUUAGUGGAGUCCUCUGUGGCAGGAAGGGCGAGGAACUGGUCUUCCGUUAUGACCGCCCGAGCUGACGUGACGUUGGAGGUCCACUACUACAAUGAAACGUACGCUGUUUGGGAGCCCCUUAUCGAGCGGGUCGAAAGGGGAAGCCGACAAUGGAACUUAAAGUUAAAAAUGAAGACGAACCCAGCACAAGAUAAGAGUCUGUUGCCAGGGGACGACUUUAUUGUUAUUCCAGAACCACAGACUUCCAUCAGCAUCUCUUCCAAGGACAUUAUGGACAUCACUUUGUCCAAGUGCUGCCUGGCUGUCUUGAACAAUCUAGCCAAGGGGUUUUCGGAAGGAACGGCUUCCACGUACGACUACUCUUUAAAAGACAGGGCGCCUUUCACCUUGAAAAACGCCUUGGGCAUCCCCCUCCAAGUCCACACAAACAGAAAUCUCCAGGUUGUCGGAUCAGCUUCGAGCAAAGAUAUUUAUGAUGUCGGAGUCGGUCAGAAGUUGGAAUUGGAAUACGCUGCCCUGGAGCCCCAGCACAGGGGGAAACUGUCGGUCUUCUCUCGCCAGGAGAGCUCCACGUUCACUUUGGCCCUCUUACCCCAGGGAUACACAGAGGUGGCAAAUAUCCCCGUCACAAAACCAGGGCGAAGGCUGCACAACGUCAGAAACCCUUUCCUCGACCAUUCCAACUCUGUGCUGGUACAGAUAGACGCAGCGGAAGGAAACAAAGUUGUGACGAUACGCUCCCCUCUGCAGAUUAAGAACCAUUUCUGUGUCCCAUUUAUCAUUUACAAAUUGGUUCAGAACGUUAAGCAGUUGGAACCCAUUGGUGUAUCCAAGCCAGAUGAGGAAUUCCAUGUCCCAUUAGAUUCAUACAGGUGUCAUCUGUUCGUACAGCCAGCUGGGAUCUUAAAAGGCCAGUAUACGCCAUCCACCACCUACAUAGCGUGGAGAGAAGAACUCCACAGGAGCAGCGAGGUCAAAUGCACGCUGCAGUGCCCAUCGACCGAAAGCAGCUUCCUGCCUUUAAUCCUGAACACGGCUGCCGUGCCCGAUGAGCUGACCUUCAUCGCGACCCACGGGGAGAAGUGGGAUCCGGCCUACAUCAUCCAUCUGUAUCCAACAGUCACCAUUCGGAAUCUUCUCCCCUACUCGAUAUGCUAUCUGCUCGAGAGGACAGCGGAGGCCCGCGAGCUGCCCGAAGGGAGCACAGCUGACAUUCUUCACUCACGAUUCAGUGGCGAAAUACUGGAGCUGGUCCUGGUGAAAUACCAGGGCAAAGACUGGAACGGCCAUCUCCGGCUCAAGGAAGGGCUGCCGGAGUUCUUUCCCGUGUGCUUCACUCCGAACUCUGCGGACGCAGCCACGGUGGACGUCCACGUCCACAUCAGGAAAGUGGGCUGCCGAGUGGUCCUGUCCUUGUUCAGCCCUUACUGGAUCAUCAACAAAACGUCCCGCGUCCUCCAGUAUCGGGCCGAAGACGUCCACGUGAAGCACCCGGCAGAGUACAGGGACAUCAUCUUGUUCUCCUUCAAGAAGAAAAACAUUUUCAGUAAAAAUAAGAUCCAGUUAAGCAUCUCCACCAGCACGUGGUCCAGUGGGUUCUCUCUAGAUACAGUGGGAAGUUAUGGCUGCGUGAAGUGCCCCGCCAACGCUAUGGAUUUUCUGGUCGGCGUUAGCAUCAAAAUGAGCAGUUUCAACCUGACCAGGAUAGUGACUUUGACUCCCUUCUUCACCGUCGCCAACAAGUCUUCCUUCGAACUGGAAGUAGGAGAAGUGUCUGCCGAUGGAUCGCUGCCUACGAAUAAAUGGACGUAUUUCUCAACUUCAGAGUGUCUUCCAUUUUGGCCAGAAAACUUGUCUGGCAAGCUGUGCGUCAGGGUGAUCGGCUGCCAGUGUGUUUCCAAGCCCUUCUUCUACAACAGGCAGGACAACGGGACUUUGCUGAGCCUGGAAGAACUGAACACCGGCCUUCUGGUCAAUGUGAACGUGGCAGAUCAUUCGAUAGUUAUUAACUUCUCCGACUACCACGAGGGAGAUGCUCCGGCUCUGAUCAUCAACCACACGCCCUGGGUAACCCUCACCUACAAGCAAAGUGGGUUAGAGGAAGAGAUGCAACUCAGGCCACGGGAAGUGAAGCUUUUUGCCUGGGCCGAUCCCACUGGGACUAGAAAACUAACCUGGAAAUAUGCUCACAACGUUGGUGAAGACGACCUUCUUAAGGACCAGUGUGGUCAGUUUCCUUACAACUCCAACACCCAGAUCCACUGGGUCUCUUUCUUGGAUGGGCGCCAAAGGGUGCUGCUUUUCACAGACGAUGUGGCGAUAGUUUCCAAAGCGCGGCAAGCCGAGGAGAUGGAGCAGCCUGAUCAAGAAAUAAACGUGUCUCUUCAUAGCCUUGGGCUUUCCCUGGUCAACAACGAAAACAAGCAAGAAAUUUCUUACAUAGGGAUUACCAGCUCCGGAGUGGUCUGGGAAUAUAAACCAAAGCAGAGGUGGAAGCCGUUUAAUCAGAAACACAUACGCCUCUUGGAGCACGCUUAUGAAAAACAUAUUUCUGGAGCACACGCAGAGUCUUCUAGUUGGGUUCGAGUGGACAAUAACCUGGAGGUAAACUUCAACAAGACGCCAAUGGAAAUGCGCCUUCCAACCAAAUGCAACAUCAAGCGAGAUUUCUUAUCGGGCAUCCAUAUUGAGUUCAAACAAUCCCCUCACCAACGGAGCUUACGGGCCCAGUUAUACUGGCUGCAGGUUGAUAACCAGUUACCCGGUUCCAUGUUUCCAGUUGCGUUUCAUCCUGUUGCUCCUCCCAAAUCCAUAGCCUUGGAUUCAGAACCGAGACCGUUCAUUGAUGUUAGCAUCAUCACCAGAUUCAACGAGUACAGUAAAGUGUUGCAGUUCAAAUAUUUCAUGGUUCUCAUCCAAGAGAUGGCACUGAAAAUAGACCAAGGAUUUCUGGGAGCUGUCAUUGGAUUUGCCACUCCAUCCACCGACCCAGAAAUUGAAAGACAAAGGACAAAGCUGAUUCAAAAGGAUUUAGACACCCUUAACACAGAGCUGAUGGAGUCAUCCAUGACGGAUGUGUCCGCACUUAGCUUCUUUGAGCACUUCCACAUUUCUCCUGUGAAGCUGCAUUUGAGUCUUUCUUUGGGCGCUGGUGGAGAAGAAUCUGAUAAAGGCAAAGAGGAGAUGAUCGCCAUCCAUUCUGUUAACCUGCUGCUGAAGAGCAUCGGGGCCACUCUGACGGACGUGGACGACCUUAUAUUCAAGCUGGCCUUCUUUGAAAUCAAGUACCAGUUUUACAGAAGAGACCAGCUGAUGUGGAAAGUUAUUUCACAUUAUAGUGAUCAAUUCUUGAAGCAGAUGUAUGUCCUGGUGCUGGGCCUCGACGUCCUGGGGAAUCCCUUCGGCCUACUCAGGGGCUUGUCGGAGGGCGUGGAAGCUUUUUUCUAUGAGCCUUUCCAGGGAGCCGUCCAGGGACCCGAGGAGUUUGCCGAGGGCUUUGUAAUCGGCGUCAGAAGUCUGCUCGGUCACACCGUGGGCGGAGCGGCAGGGGUGGUCUCACGGAUCACGGGCUCUGUUGGGAAAGGGCUGGCUGCUAUCACCAUGGACAAGGAGUACCAGCAGAAGAGGCGAGAGGAGAUGGGCCGCCAGCCGAAAGACUUUGGGGACAGCCUCGCCAAAGGAGGGAAAGGCUUACUGAGAGGGGUUUUUGGAGGAGUGACCGGGAUAGUCAUGAAACCUGUGGAAGGUGCCCAAAAGGAAGGGGCGGCCGGCUUCUUCAAAGGCAUCGGGAAGGGGCUGGUGGGCGCUGUGGCCCGCCCCACGGGAAGCAUCAUCGACAUGGCUAGCAGUACGUUCCAAGGAAUCCAGAGGGUGGCAGAAUCUACCGAAGAAGUGGAAACGCUCCGGCCCCCUCGCCUCAUUCGGGAAGACGGAAUCAUUCGGCCCUAUGACAGAAGUGAAGCCGAGGGAUAUGAUUUAUUUGAGCAAGAACUGGAAUAGGAGUCUACGGUUUCUCUCCCUUUCCCC